AUGGCCGACACCGCCGGCCAUGAGGCGACAUCGCCCGUCUCCCCCAUCUCCCCAGUCUCCCCCGUCUUCGAGAAGCACAGGAGUGGCAUCAAGCGCAACGCCAGCACAAAGCAGCUUAAGCUCAUGAACGGGCCCCUUUACCAGCAGGGCCACAACAACGUCAACGUCGUUCUCGUGAGAAGGGUCAGGAGGAAAGAUGACAGCGCUUGGAAGAUGCUGAGCAGAUGGAUGGUUGAGAACCAAGUCGGUCUCUCCUUCAACCUGCUCGCCCUCCUGUUCCUCGCCCACUUCUUCAUCCCAAAGGCGCAACCCCACACGAUCAAGUUCUUCACUCUCUCAUACAAGAAUCCCGAGACCGGCAUGUACGGCGCCGGUCUCGGUGACGGCUGCCUCAUUGCCUUCUGCAUCGUCCUCUUCACCGGUCUGCGCGCUGCGACUAUGGAAUACGUCCUGGCCCCCCUGGCCAAGACUUGGGGUAUCUCCAAGCGCAAGGACCUGACGCGCUUCAGCGAGCAGGCCUGGCUGUUGGUUUACUACGGUGUUUUCUGGCCUAUGGGAAUGUACAUCUACAAGACAUCGCCCUACUGGCUGAACCUGAAGGAGCUCUGGACGGACUGGCCCCAGCGCGAGCUGUCCGGCAUCAACAAGUUCUACAUCUUGGCGCAGUGGGCUUUCUGGCUGCAGCAGAUUAUCGUUAUCAACAUUGAGGAGCGUCGCAAGGACCACUGGCAGAUGUUCACCCACCACAUCAUCACCUGCUCACUGAUCUCCUCCUGCUACAGCUACCACCAGACUCGUGUCGGUAACUUGAUCCUUGUUCUCAUGGAUGUUGUCGACAUUUUCUUCCCUCUCGCCAAGUGCCUCAAGUACGUCGGCCUUAACACCCUGUGCGACUUCAUGUUCGGUGCCUUUGUGGUUUCCUGGUUCGUCGCGCGUCACAUCUUCUACGUCAUGGUCUGCUGGUCCAUCUACGCCGAUAUUCCCGUCACGAUCCCCACCGGCUGCUUCAGGGGCAAGGAGCCCAACUUGUCCGGGCCGCUUCCCAUUCCCGAAAACUCCUACACACACAUUCUCGAGCCGUUCUACAAGCCCGAUGGCCUCGUCUGCUGGAAUGACACCACCACGUGGUCUUUCCUUCUGCCCCUUCUCGUCCUCCAGGUCAUCACCAUUGGCUGGUUCUUGAUGAUCGUCCGUGUCGUCAUGAAGGUCCUCCGCGGCGGAAACGCCGAGGACACCCGCAGCGAUGACGAGGGUGAGGCUGAGGAGGAGGCUGAUUACGUCUACGAGGAGGCUCAGCCUCUUGAGCAGGAGGUUGGCGUUGAGGACAUCGACCUCAAGAGCUGGGAACGAAGGACGGGUAUCAAGAGGCAAGCGAGCGCCUCUGGCGUGAGCCUUCCGGGCCACAGCGACCGCAAGGAGCUGCUUGGCAGAAUCGGCUGCGAGAAGCAAGUCGACUAA